AAAAGAAAUCCCUCUUUCUCUUUAGCUAAAGUCAUGACCUCCAGUCGCCUGUACAGCAAGGGCCGUGUUUUGGGCUACGAGCGCGCCAAGCGUAACCAGAACGAGAACACCUCUUUGAUUCAAGUUGAGGGUGUUCAAACCCCCAAGGAUGCUCAAUUCUACUUGGGUAAGCGUAUCGCUUACGUCUACCGUGCCAAGCGUGAGGUCAACGGCAGCAAGAUCCGUGUCAUCUGGGGCCGUGUUACCCGCACCCACGGUGGCAAUGGUGUCGUCAAGGCUAAGUUCCGCUCCAACCUUCCCCCUAAGACCUUUGGUGCCUCUGUCCGUGUUAUGCUGUACCCCUCCAACAUCUAAACCUGUUGACUUGUUGUGAACUUUUCCAAAAUAAAAAUCAUGGAAUCCAUCAUGACGGUGCGAUUUAC